AUGUCGACGAUUGUACCCGGCAGCCUACACCCGAGUAAUGGCCGCCAUGUAUUGGCGUGGAACCAACAAGGUGUACUCGCCUACGGAUGUCACAACUUGAUCUUUCUCGUCGACGCAUGCUCGCAGCGCCGGAUACAAGCCCUGGAAUUCCAUAAAACUGCUAUCAGCCAUAUUUCCUGGAGCCCGCCGGCGGCCCUCCUAUCUGAGGACCAGACGCUACGGAUUGCCUCGGCCGAUAUUUCAGGCCGACUAGUAGUCUCAGACCCAAAAAAUGGCACUACCCUUUCGACGUUUGGCUUGCCGAACACGAAUGUGAUUCACCUUGAAUGGUUCGUCUGGAAGGACUUGCAACGAGAUUUCUUGUUGGUCCUGCACUCGCCGUCCCUGCUUGUGCUCUGGAAUGCUGAUACCGGCGAGAAAGUGGGUGCUUUGAACCAUCAACUA